AUGGAUCUUGACCACCUAAUCAUUGUUUGCUGUCAUGCCAUCUACAUUGGCGGGCCCCUUUCUGGGCACUCAGAGGACGAAUGGAUAAUAGAACCAUUUCAGAAAGGGGAAACCCCUACUUUCGUGAGCCAUGCCAAAGCUGGACUUAAUGCAUUGAUGGAGGACGAUCGGGGGCUGCUGGCGCAACGAAAAGACCAAGAACGGGACUCAGUGAAGGGCAGUCUUAUCUCGUAUGGCUACCCUGUGGAAAAGUUCUACUCUUCGGAUAUUCUAUUGAUGAGUCCAAAAUCACAGUGGAACCCCAUGCAACAGACUCUUAUCAGAAUAUUCUAUUCUCUCUCAUCCAUUUCCGUCUUCAUGUGGGUACUUGGCCUCGGCGGAUCACUAUUGUUACCCAUGACUUUAAAAGAGCAAGAUUUAUGGAUUUCCACCUCCCAGCCAUUGGCCUACUUCCCCUCCCUAUCGAUGGCGAGGAUAAAUUGGGGGGGCAAUAACGUUGGCUUAAUUGGCAUCAAUCCCCCAGAAGAAAUCACUCCCCUCGAAUCACUGCUACGAGGAGAGAUGUCAAAAGGAAUUGGCCUCUGGAAAGGAGAUCUCUACGGAGUUGGUGAAAAGCUAGCAGGGAAGCGCAGUAAUCGGGGCUGGUCUCCUGGGAUGGAGAAGGAUAUUUUUCUUAACAAAGGGCUAGAUCCGGCCGUGGAAAAGCUCCUUCGUUGGGAUGGCGGGGCGAGAAAUGAGCUAUUCCCAAGAAUUAAGGAACUGCCUUGGUUUUACGGAAACAUCAGACAGGGAUAA